GUCCAGUCCACCUCCACCAAAACACGCCUCAUGGUGGUGAAGAGUGUACUUGAGUAGGACUCACAUACGAGGGCUUGUACACACGCAGUAGACGUUUGCAAUUCCCAUAAUAGAGAAAGUUGGGGAGUUUGUAAAUAUACAAACUUCUCCUUUAUAAAAAUGCAGGAAAACUCGAAAGAACUAGCCAGUAGAAACGUUUCGGAUCACAAUUCGGCUGAUGAAGGUUCUCGGAUACAUCAGCAGGAGAAAGUUGAGAUGAACACAGCCGACAAUUCACAGAGUACGUUGCCACUCAAGUCCAAGGAACUUGAGAAAAUUGUUCACGAAAGAAACGAGGACUCGUCGUCAAUUUCUCAGACUACGGCCGGAAAUGAUCAAGGCGAAAUGUCACAGCCACAAGAAGCAGUACAGGAGGAAGGCCAGGAACGACAACGUGCUGAAACGAAGUCUCAAUUGAGUGAUCCAAAGUCCGCACUGCCGGCGGACAGUUUGAGUUCAGACGCAGCUCGGAAAGCAGCGGGAGAAGAGGUUUUGGAGAAACAGUCAAUUUCCGUUAUAAAAAACUAUGUUGAUCAGCUACUCAGUAUUCGAGCUUGCCAAAAAAACGGAGAUUUGAUGCACAUCCUCAAAAAUGUUAAAGCUUCUUUCACGCCUCCUAAAUCAGUGGACAAAAUCCAAGUGGUAGAAAUGCUUCAAACUGCUUUUCUUAUGAGUCAAGACUCUGUUUUGCUGCUCUCUCUUGACACGAUAGCAAAACUCGCAGGCAGUGCGUAUUUCCGGCCUACCCCCAAUGAGAACGACACAAUGGAUCGCGUGUUGAAGCAGAAGAAACUGAUAGACAUUGUUGUCGGAUUAGUUUGCGACUGUAUCCACAACGAUGUAGUUGAUGGGGCUCUUCAGCUUAACGUCGUCAAGGCUCUUACCGCGCUUGCCAUGUGCGAGCGGCCAGUGUGUUAUUUACAUGGAUCUGCUUUGUUGAAUACGAUUCGAAAGGUGUACAACAUUUUUCUUGUUGGUGAUGAUGACUCGGUGCAGUCAGUGGCUCAAGCGUCUCUUUUUCAAAUCAUCGAUGCGGUUUUUGAGCGUGCAGAACUCGCGCACAGAGACGUUGUGGAUGCUGAGAGCGACAUUGCAAACAUGGUCGUAAGUAAUGGAUCAAGUACGGAAGUGUCCCUAGAUACCAUGGCAAAAGUGAAGCCAGUCCCUGUGAACGAGGUUACCCCAUCACCAUCGCAAUCUGCCACAAGCUCUGACCUUUCUUCUCUAUUGUUGCAGGAUGCCUUUUUGGUAACGCGGUCUAUGUCUCGUUUGUCGGUCAAACAUGCUUCCCUUGACAAAGCCGUGGAUGUUCGAUCACAGUCAAUGCGAUCGAAGUUAAUCAGCUUAUACCUUCUUUAUCACAUUCUCAGCAAGCAUAUUACCCUCUUUUCGAAUCAGUCCAUCGUGUUUACUGACGUUCCCUCUUUAAAAAACCUUUCAUUCCUUUCCGCGACCCGUCAAUACCUGUGUCUGGCACUUUCCAAAAACGCUGUCAGCCCUAUUCCUCAAGUGUUCAAAGUCUGCAUUAAUAUUUUCUGGGUGGUUUUAUCCUCUUUGCGCACAUUUUUUAUAAAGGAAAUAGAAGUUUUUCUUCAUGAAGUCUACUUGCCUAUUUUGGAAAUGCGAAACACUUCCUAUAAUCAAAAGUACUACACUCUAUUAAUUUUCCAGCGGAUUUGUUCUGAUGCCCGUGUCUUAGUGGAGCUUUAUCUCAAUUAUGACUGUGAUGGUAACUGUCCAAAUAAUCUUUUUGAACAGAUUCUAGGUUCAAUUUCCAAAAUAGCUACUUAUGCCACACACGACGUGAGUUCGAUGAAUGAUGAUGAAAUAGAGGCUGUUCUAAACUAUGAGGCUCCCACGGUCACACCUUUCUUAAAUACAAAUUCAGUUGCUUUGAGUGCUGAUAUCGCUCAACUCACAACAUACAGUGAUAAUCAACUGAAACUUAAAGCUUUAGAAUGUAUAGUCUUUGCGUUACGCUCGCUUGUUUCCUGGGCCGAGAAUGGCAUGCAAGCUACGAAGAGGGUAUCGACAUAUGACAUGUCAACUGAAUCCUAUGCGGAACAAGCUACGGCACCAAUGUCGGCAUCGAUACAACAAAAGGAUGCAUUAAACAGCAGUAACUUAAGUUUGAGUUCAACAGGCAAUGAUGACCCAAUGCAGUUUGAAAGCAAUAAGCAAAAGAAGAAGCUUUUGCAAGAAUGUAUCUGGAAGUUUAAUUACAAGCCACAAGCUGGAAUUCGUUUGCUCGCUGAAAAUGGUUUUGUGAAUGCGGCUGAACCGAAAGAAUUGGCGCAGUUUCUUAAAACUACAGAAGGCAUCAAUAAAGCCGCUUUAGGCGAGUAUUUGGGAGGUGGCGACGAUGCAAACAUUGCAACGAUGCAUGCCUUUGUCGACUUGUUUAAUUUCAAUAAUGUUCGAUUUGUUGAUGCAAUGCGCGAUUUUCUGCAAGCAUUUAGACUCCCAGGCGAAGGUCAAAAAAUUGAUCGCUUCAUGUUGAAGUUCUCUGAGAGAUAUAUGGAGGAAAACGAGGAGUCUUUUGCGACUGCCGACACUGCUUAUAUUCUGGCUUACUCGAUCAUCAUGUUAAACACGGACUUGCAUUCACCGCAAGUAAAGAAUCGCAUGUCAAAGCAAGAGUUCAUCAAAAAUAAUAGAGGAAUUAAUGAUGGUAAUGAUCUUGACGAAGCUUUCCUCUCCUCUGUUUAUGACGACAUUCUAAAUAAUGAAAUUGUCAUGAAAGAUGAGCAGGAGAUGGCUGCGUUGGCUCCCUUGAUGCUUGGAAGACCUGCUGCUUCGGGCUUUGCUUCGGCUUUUGCGGCACUUGGUCGAGACCUUCAACGUGAAGCGUAUAUUCAAGCUUCAGAAGAGUUAGCUAAAAAGACUGCUUCUGUUCUGAAAAAGGUAAUGCACGAGAAAAAAAGAAGUGACUCUUCUUAUGAAAUUUAUUACAGUGCGAGCCAUUUUGAACACAUUAGUCCUAUGCUAGAGGCAACUUGGAUGCCUAUUCUGGCAACGUUAUCGAGUCCCCUCCAAGUUUCUGAGUACGAAAAUGAGUUGUUAAUAUGCACUGAAGGCUUCAAGCUUGUUAUUCGAAUUGCCUGUUUAUUCGAUUUAGAUCUUAUUCGGGAUGCUUUUAUAAAAACAUUGCUGAAUUUUACUAGUUUGGAGGAUUUCUCUUCCCUUCAAAAACGUCAUGUGCACACAAUUCGAACUCUUUUAACUGUUGCUCUUACUGAAGGCAAUCUUUUGAGAAGCUCUUGGACAGAUAUCCUUACGAUGGUUAGCAAGCUUGAGCGUAUGCAGUUAAUCACCGUGGGUGUUAAUGAAGAUGACGUUCCGGAUGUCUCUAGAAUUAAAUCGUUUAGUCGGAAAUCAACCUCAUCUGGACGUAGAGGUAGCACCGCUAACUAUGCUAGAUCUAUAGCAAAGAAUCCCCCCACGCUCUUAUCAGAAGCCUCCUUGGAACUUUCUUCUUCUGAAACGGUAAAGUCAAUCGACAAAAUAUUUACGCAGACCUCUUCUCUCUCGGGUACCGCUAUUGUUGAUUUCUUUAAGGCUUUGUGUGAUGUCGCAUGGGAGGAGAUUGAAUCAUCUUAUGAUUCAGAUCAACCGAGACUUUUCAGUUUGCAAAAGCUGGUUGAGAUUUCAUACUAUAACAUGAAACGUAUUAGGGUUGAGUGGUCUGCUAUCUGGAACGUUCUUGGAAGCUUUUUUAACAGGGUUGCAAGUUACAAAAAUCUUCAUGUUUCUACGUUUGCUUUGGAUUCUUUGAGACAAUUGUCUAUGCAGUUUCUUGACAUGGAAGAGCUGUCCCAUUUUAAUUUUCAGAAGGAAUUUUUAAAGCCUUUUGAAUACGUAAUGUCCUCCGAUGCUAAUUUCGAAGUGAAGGAAUUGGUAAUUCACUGUGUUCGUCAAAUGAUUCAGGCUAAAAUCACAGAAAUAAAGUCUGGUUGGAAGACUUUAUUUGGCGUAUUCACGUUUGCCGCAAAACAGUCUUCCCUUACUCUUGUUAAGCUGGCUUUUGAAACUGUAAAACACUUAUACGAUAACUAUUUUGAGGUUAUGCUUUCUCAAGGAUGCUUUGUGGAUAUUUUGGUGACGCUCACAGAAUUUUGCAAGAAUGGAAAAUUCCAAGUAAUCUCAUUUCAAAGUCUUGAGCUAAUCCAAGUUCUUAAUAAAUCUUUGAAAGAAUAUGGAGUUGAUAAAGCAACAUCAACCAAUGCUUUAGACAAGUAUUACUUCCCUGUAAUGUUCGCUUAUUAUGACAUUAUAAUGUCUGCUGAAGAUUUAGAGGUACGCUCGAAGGCCUUGAAAGGCCUUUUCCGAAUUUUAUUCGAAGACUCUGAAUCGUUUUCUGCACCCACUUGGGAAAUCGUGUGUAAGAAGUACGUUUUCCCAAUCUUUGAUGAGUUCCCUGAGGACACAGUUAAUGAUGCUUAUCUUCAAGAAAGUGAAGAGCUUAGCGCCUGGCACUCUGCAACCAUGGUGGAGGCUUUAAAGAAUGUCGUCGAGCUCUUUACUAAACAUUUCGACAAACUUCAUGGCAUGACUUCUGCUUUCUUCCAUUUGUUCUGUACCCACAUUUGUCAAGAUUAUGCGACCAUCUCACGUGCGGCUACAAGCUGUUUACAACAGUUACUCACUAACAAUGCAUCAAAAUUUUCUGAAUCCGAAUGGAGAGUGAUAAUUGAUGUUUUCGCUAAACUAUUUGCUGAUACAACACCUAGUUUGCUGUUAGAUGAAGAGAGCAUUCUUGGUUCACACGUUACUUCCCAUUCUGUUAUGAGUCCUGCUGAAUUAGAAGCAGCCGAGUUGCAUUCAAAGUCAGCAAGUGAAAUGGAAGUGAACCCGCGGGCGAGUCUUAGCUCAGAUAUACAAGUGCAGUUUCGGUCUACAACCAGGAAAUGUGUACUUCAUUUGCUGCUAAUAAGUGUUCUUGUAGAAUUACUUGAUGAUCCAAAGGUUUUCAAGCAUAUACCUGUUGAACAGUUACUGCGUGUUACUUCUUGCAUCCAUGACUCCUGGAAAUUCGCACAUGUCUUCAAUGAAAACAAGAAGCUGAGGGUAGCUCUACUAAAUGCAGGCUUCAUGAAGCAACUGCCUAAUCUUCUUAGACAAGAGACUGCAGGAGCUCUGGCUUACUGCGCAAUUUUGUUCCGUCUUCUAAACGAGGAACGGACAGAUAUGGAUGAAGAAACAAAAAAGCAUAUUGAAAAAUUACUUUUCCCUUUCUGUCACGAUAUAUUACGAACAUUUGUUGAGCUUCCAAUGGAGAAGCAUGCUCGAAACCACGCCAUCUGGCAAUCUGUACUUGCUGUGAUCUUGAAGAAUAUGGUAAACGCUAACAAAGAGCUUUUCCAGUCGUCAGUCGCAUUUCUUUUCAAACCGUGUUGUGACAUUUUAAUGAAGGAACAUGUUGAAGAAAGUCUCAGGGCAUUGUUAAGAUCUCUAUUUCUGCGGGUCGGCUCCGAGUUUAUUGGUGAAGAACGACUUUGGCCUUGAGAGUCUCUUGCAUGAAAAUUUUAGACUAUUGCAUUGAUCUCUUCCAGUUGUUGCUUCGAUUUCAUACUCAUGUUUGUUAAAUAAUUGGCUACAUUUAAUUCAACUCAACCAGCUACAGAAUAGGCUGCUGUCUUAUCGCAGGGUACUUCAGAUCCAUAGAAUGUAAAGCAGCCGUAUUGGAGCUUAUGAAUACAUUAACAACCGACCCACCUUCGCCUGGCUGCGAUACCCAAAAGAGAACUGUUUGAAUACUAAUCAAUUACGAUAUUAGACGUAAAUACUCUGUAUGUGUAUAUAAAAUGAAACUACGAAAGUGUAUCUACCAAAAAGGAUGUACCAACAAGUGCCCUUUGGAUGUAGAACCAAAAACCACCUGUUUCUAAAACGAACUUUA